AUGAAAAAUAAUAAAUUGGAUACAGAGUUACAGCAGUCAACCAUAGUUUCAACAGCAUCCCAGACUGAGAUUGCAUGCUCGGAGGGAAAAUUGACAGAAGAUACUUCAAAUGACACAGCUGACAACAGUGGGUUGACUAAUGAGACACCAAGUAAAAAAAGCCAUGCUCUCUAUCGGGCAUUGGUGGAACUGAAAUGGGCGAAAACAUCUAUACAUAGAUUUCUUUCUCUCUUGGAUGGUUCCUUGCAGCUGGAGAAAUCCAAAGUGGUGCAGCGAAAGCAAACAGAACAACUCCAAGAAGCGAAGAAUUCAAGCAAUCGUCUGUUGCAACGCACAAAUUCUGACCUGUUUUCUAUGCAAAAAAUUCAGAAAACUUUGCAUGACAAUGUGCAACGAUUGGAAAAAGAAAAGUCUGUGUUGGAGUUUGAAUUGAGAUGUGAGACCAACAAAACAUCCCUCCUCCAGAAAGAUAUUGACGCAUUGUGGAAGGAAUGCAACCAUCGGAGAUCAUCUCGUGAUGAUAGUCAGAAACGGAGACAGACUUUUCCACAAGAAACAAGCCAAAGAGAUAUAUUGUGGCCACAAACACAAACUCCUUCACAUGCUGUAUCGAAGCCAUUAAUGACAUUGCAACAAAAACUGGAUUUGCUGAACCGACUAUCCAAGGGGCCACGCCCUGAAUCUCAGGUUGAGAAGUCACAAGGCAAUGUGCUGUUACAGCAAUCAAUGCCGGUAUCUGUACGACCACUCACUAACACCAGGUCAGCUCCAGUUAAGGAAACUGAAUGCUCACCCCAUCAGCCAACACAGCAACUGCCGGCAUCAAAUGAGCGACGUAGACUGAUGCAAUCACAGUUCAAGAUACCGUCACGGCCGUUUAUACAUGCGGGGGCGAUAUCAAAGUUUGAACGGGAACGGAAGCGAAUGCGAUUAAUUAUGGAAAAGUAUAAGCAAAAUUCAAGGCAAGCGACCCAAUGUCUUCAUUCUGCUGAUGCUAUGUUGGACAUUGAAAGAGAAAAAAACAAUGUUUUGAAGCAUGAAAUAACAACAAUAAAGACACAAAAAGAAAAACAAACAGGAGUGGUAUGUUUGUCUAUAGUGUUUUCGUUUGGUAGAUUGUUUGUCUUUUCUGUUGGCAAUACACAAUGA